GAUUCAAAAAAUUAGCAAGUUAAUCUUCUUACAAGAGACAAACAUUCUUUUGUAUUGCCAAAUUGUGUAGCAGCAUUUUAUACUUAAACGAGCAAAGUGAAGCUUCGCAACAUCGUAUUCGGCAGACAUCUUUAAAAAGCAGUUGUCAUCGAAGACUAUACCCCACCCCACUCCCUUCACUUCCACUACUUCCUUUCCAACUUAUUCCAAAUUCUCUUCAUAGGUUUUUCAGACUUUUUAGGUUAUUUUCAGCAUUCUUUUCAGAUUUUUCAGCUUUUUCCUCAUACAAUCUUUUUCAGAAUUUAAAAUAAAAAUUGCUAAUCGUAGAAAUAUCGAAACAUCUAAACCAUACACCUCUAUUGAUAGUUUCAAUGAGAUUUGUGAAGCCUUAGACAAUUUCAUUGAUGCUGCCAAUAUAGAGUUAUGCUCUAGAAAAUCCGAUGACGAUCGACUCAUCACGUUUCAAUAGCAUCACAAGUCUAUACAAAAUUAUGCAAUUUUAAUUAAAUUUUUUAGAAAAUAUAGCUUCUCAGUUCCUCAAAACCAUAGGAUCUUAACGUUAUUACAUCAUAUAAAUUACUUGAAAUGCCACUUUCAUUCGCUGAUGAAGCGCGGUGCAGGACUUAAUCAAAUAAAAAAAAUUAAAUGGGCUCUAACUAUUUCGGCUUUUAAUAAUCGAUUACAAACCGGUACAGUCAUUAAUUUAAGUCACUUAGAUGUUAAUGAAUUUUUAGAUGAUGCCUUUGUUCCUUUUGAAAAUCACAUUAAAACUUGCUUAGACACGUUCGGUCCAUUGAAAGUAUAUACAGUAUUCAAUGCAAAAUAUAAAACGCUUUUACCCGACGGUACUACAGAAUUCGAUAUAAAAUAUUUCAUUAAUAAGUCAGAGUCAAUUUUCCCUUCAACUGAGUUACGCGAUUGGUAUAAUGAUUAUGUAAAGCAGAAAACACUUAAUGAAAUUGAAGAUUUUCAAGAUAAAGAAUCAAAUUAUCAACUCUAUUCAAUCCAUAGAUUAGAUGUCAAUAUUAACAAAUACAAUCCUUUGCGUGUUGGUUCUUUCAUUGAUCUACCGCCAUCUAUUAAAGCUCAACGUGCUUGUGACAAUGUCAGAAAUGAAGAGGAUAAUGAAUGCUUCAAGUGGGCAAUAUUAUCGGCAUUGUAUGGAGCUUCGUCAAACCCAUCUCGUUUGCAAAACUAUCAAAAUAUUCAACAUCAAUUAAAUUUUGCUGAUAUUAAAUCCCCAGUAGCGCUCAAUGACAUUGCAAAAUUUAAGAGGCUAAAUAAUAUUUCAGUAAACGUUUAUUGCCUUGUUAAACAAAAUGGUAAUUUCACUCUCUCCCCAAUACAUCUAACAUCACAGAAACAGUCCAAACAUGUAAAUCUUUUACGCGUUGAUGAUCAUUAUAUUGAUAAGGAUGAAGAAGAAAAACAAUCCCCAAUUUCAACCAACUACCACUAUGUUUGGAUAAAAAACUUAUCUCGACUAAUAAAUAAUCAAGUGUCAAAAAAUGAACAUAAGUUAUUUAUUUGCGAUCGCUGUCUGCAAUAUUUCAGAAGUAAUGAGAAACUUUCCGAACACGUUGAAGAUUGUCAGAAAAUCAACAAUACCAAAAUCGUCUUACCGAAACCUGAAUGUAAUAGUAUUGAAUUCAAGAACUUCAGUAACAAUGAAAGAGUACCAUUCAUCGUAUAUGCAGAUUGUGAGAGCCUAUUAAUUCCAGAUGAAAAUUUUUCAUGACACCAUGGGGUGUCACACAGAAGUUGUUCAACAACAUCAACUUCUAAGCAUUGGAUUCUAUUUAAAGAUUUAUGAUGACUCUUUAAAUGAGUACAGAGCAUCACCCAAGGAUGAAGAAGAUCCAGCAAGAUGGUUUGCGAACGAGUUAAAAAAGUUGUCGGAAGAAAUUGAACCCACAUUUAUGGUAAAUAUUGCAUGGAGUAGUAAAAGUUAGAGAUCAUAGUCAUCUAACCGGAAGUUAUCGAGGUGCAGCCCAUCAAGAUUGUAAUGUGAAUUAUUAAGAUUCCAGAAUAAUUCCUGUAGUCUUCCAUAGUUUAAGUGGUUAUGAUGCGCACUUUAUCAUUAAAGCAAUCGCUAAUGAGUUUGAAGGUAAAGUUGACGUCCUUCCCAUUAAUAAGGAAAAAUAUAUUAGCUUUACCAAACAUGUUCAAACAAGUCACGUUAAAUUUAGAUUCAUUGAUUCAUUUAGAUUUAUGGUAUCAUCUUUAGACAAAUUAGCAUCUUAUCUGAAUGAAUAUAAAAUUGUUAAAUCUAACUUUCCCGCCUAUAGUGAUGAUAGAGUUCAUUUGCUUACUCGCAAAGAAUUUUUUCCUUAUGAGUAUCUCGACUCUAAGGAAAAACUUGAAGAAACUCAGUUACCCCAAAAAGAGCACUUUUAUAGUACACUGAAUGAUUCAAAUAUAUCAGAUCAAGAAUAUUUACAUGCUCAGCAAGUAUGGUCAGAAUUCGAUUGUAUGGUGAUUGGUGAUUUCAAGUCGGUUAUGAAUUUUGACAAUAGCUUUAAUUUUAAUGUGGCAGACGAUUCAAAUAUAGGUUAUAUUUUUGAAGUUGAUUUAGAUUAUCCUAAAGAACUACAUAAUAUGCAUAAUGAUUUCCCAUUUUGUCCUGAACACUUGAAACCACGAGGGUCAAAGCAAGAAAAGCUUUUAACUACUCUCCAACCGAAACAAAUAUACAUUCUCCAUUAUCGUGCACUUAACCCUUUCAGGGGCACAUUAUUCUAAGCAUACAAAUUUUUGUUUCAUUAUAUUUUUAAAAAGUCGUCCGCCAUAUUGGAUCCGCCAUUUUGAAUUUUGAAAAACUGACCUCAGAUUCGUAAUCAGGGACCCCAAAAACCCCCGAGUAAAGAUUUUCAAAGUCGUAGCACUUCGCGUUUACAAAUAGCUGAAUUAAUUAUUAAAAAAAUGCAUAUUUUUCAGAUUGAUGGAAUAAUAUUAAGUUAACAAUAAUAAAUUAUUCAUAAACAAUAUUAUAGAUUCGUUAUAUUAUAUCCUUAGAAUCUAAAAAUAAGAAAUAUAUGAUUAUUAUUAGAUAAAUAUGCCGGAAAUACCAAAAAUACAACAACAAAAAAGGUGGGACAUAUACGUCCCACUGCCCCUGAAAGGGUUAAACAAGCACUAGCCAAUGGACUUAAAUUGGUUCACAUCCAUCGAAUUUUAAAAUUUAAACAGUCCACUUGGCUUAAAGAUUAUGUAGAUUUCAAUACUAGUCAACGAACAAAGGCUAAUAAUGAAUUCGAGAAAAACUUGUUUAAACUAAUGAACAAUGCGGUGUAUGGCAAGAAAAUGGAGAAUGUACGUAAUCAUGUAAACGUUAAACUUGUGACAAAGUGCGAGGGUAGGUAUGGGGCAGAAGCUUUGAUUGUUAAACCUAACUUCCACAAAAGAGCCAUCUUUAGUGAAAAUUUAAUAGCUGUGGAAAUUAGGAAGACUGAGGUGUACAUGAAAAAAAAAAUUAAAAAGGUCUUAGCGUGUUAGGCAUAUCAAAAACUCUGCUGUAUAAUUUCCAGUAUGAUUAUAUGAGGAAAAAGUAUGGAAAUAAUUGUAAAUUGAUUUACACUGACACUGACAGCCUUAUUUAUAAUAUGAAAUGUGAGGAUGUCUAUUCUGAUAUGAAAGCAGACAUUUUCAAAUUAUUGAUACUUCUGAUUAUCCUAUGAAUAAUUUAUAUAGCAUUCCGCAAGCCAACAAAAAAGUGUUAGGUCCUAUGAAAGACGAGGAUUGGAGGAUUGUCACUGAAUUUGGUGGUUUACGUAGUAAAAUGUAUAGUUUACGUGUGGAUAAUCAAGAUUUCUUAAAAAAGGCAAAAGGUGUAAAGUCUAAUGUAGAUAAGAAUCAUAUAAUUUUUAAUGAUUGUUUAAACAUUUAUUGUUUAAAAAAUAUUACAAUUCAAUCUCGAACUCAAUAUUCCAUUCGUUCCAAACUCCACAAGGUCUUUACUUUAAAACAGAAAAAAAUAGCUCUAACAAUAAGUCCCUACGAUGACAAAAGAUUUUUAUCGAUUUUGCUAUACACAUUGGUUUUUAAAUAAAUGAAAUUUUUUUCUAUAUACACUGAAA